GAAGGUUCCCCGAAAGCUACAGACAAAGCAACGUGGUGUUUUGAGUUUUAUGACCCAAAUUCUUUGUCAGUGAGACUUAAGGUUUAAGGGUUGGCUUCCGUCAGAGGUGACGUGCUGGUUCUAUUGUUCUAUCGAACCUCUCCCAUCGAAGGCCGCGCCUAUCAAGUAGGUUGACGUGUGUGGACUAAAACAACACUCGGUCAGAGGGUGGUUAUAAAGGGACCAAGAGUCACGCCCUCACCACCAGUAGUAUCCACACCUUCGUGAGAGAGAAACAACUUCGGGCUGGUUCUUCAACUUUCCGUACUUCCAAACUCUUCAACGAUGGCUACAAGAAGUUUUCUACUUUGCACGUUUUCUCUUCUCGUAGCAGGAAGCGCCGCCAUGGUUCUCCGUGAGGAACUGCUGGCAGUAGCGGACUGCUACAAGAUGGGCUGCCCCCGCAUCUACGACCCGGUCUGCGGCAGCGACGGCAAGACCUACGCCAGCCCCUGCCGCUUCAGACAGGCGGCAUGCAUCGCUGGCGUGACGGACCCAAAAGCUGCUGAGCUCACCAUAGUCCACAAGGGAGACUGUAGCCCGGAGCCAGCCCCUGCAAUAGAACAGCUGCAGGAACAGACCCAAAUCGGUGACGUCAACACCUGCUACCAGACCUUCUGUACCUUCAUCUACAUGCCGGUUUGCGGCAGCGACGGCAAGACUUACCCCAACGACUGUGUCUUCAAGCAGGCCGUGUGUGCCCUAAGUGCGGCAGAUGCUUCAGCGCCGGAACUUACGAUAGUAAACCAGGGUCCGUGUCCGGAAGCCGCAGACGAAGAAGGUGCUGCUGAGAAGAAAGAGGAGCAGCAACAACAGCAGGACGAGGUGGCGGAUAUUACGACAUGUUACUCCAUCGCAUGUCCCCGGAUGUACGCGCCGGUUUGCGGCACUGACGGGAAGACUUAUUCGAACAUCUGUGUAUUGGCGAAGGCAGCCUGUGUAGUCAGUGUGGAGGACCCUGCCGGACCAGAACUCGGCAUCGACCACAAGGGGGAGUGUGGCUCUACCGACGAGCCAGUCCCACAGCUGAUCGAGACCAAGCCCAAGAAAGAGCAAAAAGAAGAAGUAGCCAAGAAGGAAGAGCAACAGCAGCAAGAAGAAGAAGAGGAGGUGGUGGAUUUGAAGACGUGCCAGACCAUCGUAUGUCCCCGGCUGUACAGGCCGGUUUGCGGCAGUGACGGGAAGACCUACCCAAACCUCUGUCUCUUGGCUAAGGUAGCCUGUGUUGCCAGUGUUGAGAAUCCUUCCGGACCAGAACUCACCAUUGCCAGUAAGGGAGAGUGUGACUCCGACAGUGAUCCCGAACCCGUUCCGCAGUUGAUUGAAACCAAGCCCAAGAAAGAACAAACCGAACAGAAGGAAGAACGGCAAGUGCAGAAGGAUCUUGAGAUGUGUCAGUCUAUCGUAUGUCCCCGGCUUUACCUCCCGGUUUGCGGCAGUGACGGUAAAACCUACCCAAACUUCUGUCUCCUGUCUAAGGAAGCCUGUAUUGUCAGUGCCGAGAAUCCUUCCGGACCAGAACUCACCAUUGCCAGUAAGGGGGAGUGUGACUCCGACAGUGAUCCCGAACCCGUUCCGCAGUUGAUUCAAACCAAGCCCAAGAAAGAACAAAACGAAGAAGAGAAAGAAGUUGCCAAAAAGGAAGAACAACAGAAGCAAGAAGAGGAUCUAGAUAUUAAGACAUGCAACUCUAUCGUAUGUCCCCGGCUGUACAAGCCGGUUUGCGGCAGUGACGGGAAGACCUACCCGAACCUCUGUCUCUUGGCUAAGGCAGCCUGUGUUGCCAGUGUUGAGAAUCCUACAGCGCCAGAACUGACUGUCGACCACAAGGGCGCAUGUGACGAGGAACCCGAACCUGUCCCACAGUUGAUCGCAUCAAAGCCUAAAAUGGAACAACAACAACAGGAGCCAGAUGAUGUUACGACAUGCUUCAAACCGGGCUGUCCCCGGAUCUACCUCCCGGUUUGCGGCAGCGACGGAAAGACUUACGACAACACCUGUCUGUUUCAGCAGGCCGCAUGCGCCAGCAAGACGGCGGAUCCCUCUGCACCCGAGCUGACGAUCGUGAGUAAGGGAAGCUGUGAUGAGCAGGAGGAGCAGCAGCAGCAGAACAAGCUGCAGAAAGCCAUCGAUGACGUAGCCCGCCUCUUGCGUCAGAUGGAAGAAGAAGAGCCCCGUGAGGAAGACCAACAGCAGACAGUGGACCCGAUCCUGACGUGUCUGGAGGAGGUGUGCGGGCGGAAGUACCUGCCUGUGUGCGCUAGCGACGGGAAGACUUACACCAACACAUGCCUCAUGGACCAGGCGAGCUGCGUGCUCAGUGCCAUCCAAUCCGACGCGCCUGCCAUCACAGCCGAGUACAUCGGAGAGUGCGGUAACCCCUGGCCUGUGCCGUCAUGAGCGCAGCAGAACGUAGCAAAGAUUCAGUCCACACUGUGGACCCAAGAGCUGUAAAUCUUAACCUCAAAGUCGCGUUUCUGUGUAGUUGUUGCGUCAAAGACGCUUCUGUUGAUGAUUGUUUUUCACUUUGUCUCACUGGACUUUUAAAAAUCAUUUAUUUUCUACAUACGCUGUUUUGAAUGUUUAGGAAACAAAAAUUUUAAAUAAACUCGAUGGACAUAAACCAGCAAAGCUCACGAAAGCUGAUAGAUGUAUCCUGUGUCCAGAAUAGCUAAUGUUAGAUGCUUUGAAUAAAGCACAGCCUUUCUGUAGUUGUUUGA